GCUAGAUCCAAUACCAUCACAUCAGUGUGUUAUCCCUGGAUAUAAACACGAUCCUACUUGACACCAGCUAGCGGCGCAUACAAACGACCCAACCGGUAUAAUCAUGGCGUCAUCGAUGGGUUAUCGUCUCGCCGGAAAAACAAUUCUUAUAACAGGUGCAUCGUCUGGUAUCGGGCGAAGUACGGCCAAAGAAUUUGCAAGGACAUGUCCAAGCAAUCUGAAGCUCAUCCUCGCUGCGCGCAGAUUCGACUCGCUGCAGACCUUGACGAAUGAGAUACGCAGCGAGGUCGGUGAUGGAGUCCGGGUCUUCCCUAUCAAACUAGACGUCAGCAAGUUCGAAGAUACCUCAAGCUUUAUUGGUAAACUACCGGAUGAGUUCAAGGAUAUUGACAUUCUUGUCAACAACGCCGGUCUUGUCAAGGGCGUAGCCCAGGCUCCAGAUAUUGCUUUGCAAGAUAUCCAGACCAUGUUCGCGACCAAUGUUGCCGGCUUGAUCAACAUGACUCAGACAGUGUUGGCCAUCUUCAAAGAGAGACCCAGAGGCGGCUGCGGAGAUAUUAUCAAUAUUGGCAGUAUUGCCGGCCGAGAGCCUUAUCAAGGUGGCAGUAUCUACUGCGCGACAAAGUCAGCCGUACGAUCAUUCACGGACGCCUUGCGGCGUGAGCUUAUCAACACCCGCAUCCGAGUGAUUGGAAUUGACCCUGGUCAAGUCGAGACUGAAUUCUCUGUCGUCAGGUUCUAUGGAGACAAGGCUAAGGCGGAUGCAGUGUAUGCGGGUUGCGUUCCCCUUACACCCGACGAUGUUGCAGAGGUUAUUGUAUUUGCUGCUAGUAGAAAAGAGAAUGUGGUUCUAGCCGACUCUCUAAUCUUCCCAAACCACCAGGCUGCUGCAACAGUUAUGCAUAAAAGCUUAUAA